UCGAAUUUAACUUUUUUAUCAACGAAAUGUCGAUAAAACUCGUCUCUUUGAUCGCGCAAUUGUAUUCAAAAAUCGAAACGUCACCAGUGUCAAAAUAUAAAAAUGUGAUAACAGCAUUGAAAUUUCACGUACACCAAAACAAAACCACACAAAAUUCCACCGUGAUGCAGCUUUACCACGAGCACAACACUGUCCCGGCAGCCGUGAAGAUGAACAGGAUGCAACCGUCCUCGGAGCACAUCGAGGUGAAGGAGAAACGAUCCUCGAGCGCCUCCUUGAGGCAGAUGAACCCAGUGGCGAGUGGAGACAACAUGGCUGUCAUGAACUCCGCUCAUAAACUGAAGGAAGAAUUGCCACCGCUCGUGCCGUGCUGCGAGGGGAAAGAAUUACAAAUAAAUGAAGACCUCGUACGCAGCGGGCUGUCUGCAAUCUCUGUAAAGCACGACAGCGUGAUCCAGUGCUUGAGCAUGCCACGAGCAUGCGAAAGGAUGCAAGUGCUUCCGGGUCUAGUAAAACAUAGAAACUCGUUCCGGAGCCUCCACAGGCCGGACUUGAAGCGCGUCCAUUAUUUGCGCCGCCUGACGCCGGAUGAACUAGAGAUACUGUUCCGCGGCUACUCGGACACUCCUGCACGUGGAAUCAGCAAGAUGGACAACCGAUCACUGUUGCCACCUCCGGAUGAAAAUAUUCAAACAAGGGACCAAAUAGAUAAAGAAGCUCGCAUCCAAGAUGAAGUUAAUGCGGCGAUCGCCCUGCAUCCAAUACCCGAGACGAGGUCUGUCGCAGAAGACGUGCCUGCGGGAAUGAGGUUGCACGGCGCCCGAGCCAGACUCUACACGUCUGUGCUCGCUGGUGCCAGAGCAGGAGAUCAACUGGAUGGUAUAUCAGCAAACGAAGAAUACGACACGAAGGUACCGGACGAGCCACUACCUGAAGACGAGGUCCAAUUGACUGAGGAACUGCAAAUCAUUCUGCCGCCACGAUGCGACGACAUCACUGCCGAAUCUUCAAACACUACCACGUCGACAGAAAGCUGACAUUUUACCUUUAAUAUAUUCCGCCGUUAAUCUAUGAACUUUAAAAAAUUACGUAAAUUAGGUUAAACAAUGUUAUUAAGGUUCAUAAUCUAAUGAAACCGCCAUUUCGUCGCCGUCGUAUUAGCCUCAAAAUGCGACUGUUAAUUUAUAGGCUAAAACGAAAUUCCAGAAAGAGAAUAGGUCGCCUCUUUAUGUAUACUGAUUGGCUAUUAAGAAGUUUAGUUAAUGAUUUCUAA